AUGGGUCAUGGCCUGUGCCGGCGUCGGGCUGCCAUCUCGGAGCCGGAGAACGACAGGCAUGACAGGCGAGCCGUGCCGAGCAAUGCGCAGCGCGCCGCUGCGGAGGAGCUUUGCGAGCAGUGUACGCUGGCCUACUCCCGCGUGGGCCGAGAGAGCCUGUGGCAAUGCAAAACGGUGGGAGACUUAGAUGAUUAUGUGGCGGACUUGCAGGCCAGGGAGCGCUUGCUGGCUGGCUAUACGGGCGGAGAGGACCGACAGCAGGCUGGACUCACUGGGUCUGGGUGA